GUCAGUGGUACAGCAGUCGGGGGGCAGGGCGGUACAGGGAAGCAGCGCCGCCUCGGAGCGCGCCGCGCAUACCGAGGAGACCCGCUAAUUGACAGCCGGAGGAUCGGAGCGCCCCGCGCGGCUCGCGUUAAUCCACCCCCCCACCCCACACGCACACACAGACUGGUCUCAUCGAAGGCAGCAGAGGAGUCUGGCGCUAAGAGGGAGGAUUUCAUCCACCAACCGCUUCGCUUUGGACCUUUUCUCUCGCGCAAAAUAACAGGGGGGGGAAAAAAGAAGGCUUCGACGCUCCACCCUGUCCUGUCUUCACCUGUCCGGUCCAAAACCGUCUGUCCUUACUAACUAUCGUCAUAUGGAUGGACAAAACGAACCAGGUUGCAUUUAGCAUCUGGACUUUUGGAUAUUUCCUUUUCUUUGCUUUCCUUUUUUUCCCCCUUACAUGGAGUAAAACACAAAAAACUGCACUCUUGGAUGAUUUUGUGUGUGUGUGUGUUUGUGUGGGGGGAUUCAAGCAUCAUAUUGAUGCAUUUGGGAGUCAAGUUAAACAUCCUCGGAGCUGAAAGCAAAGACAGAUUUAUUAAGUGGAAUGGACGCUGAGGAAACUCUGGGAAGACAUUUAAGUUGCGUUUUGGUGCGCAGUUUGCGCUGCUGCUGAACUGCAGGAGUAUCUUUUUACGCCUUUACUGAUGGUUUUUUUUCCUUCUCUCUCUCUUCUUUGAUAUGGGUUUAACCUCCCAAUUUCCCUAUGGAAUAUAGGCUGAAUCAGUGAAGACUUGGAAAAGGGGCUUAGAAAUAAUAAUAACAUUGUUUUUCCUCUGUAGCCUGGAAUAAAACAGGCGGAUCUGAUGCGCACGUUCUUCUUCUCCGUGGGAUGGUAAAUGACCGAUGGGGAAUCAUGAACAGCUCUUCUGAACUCGAAGAUGGAACUCGGCACAAAAACCAGACGUUCUGUGAAUGUGUGCCCAGCUCCUCCCAACUGAAACAUCGCUGGUCAGAUUCAGAAACUGCCAGAGAGACUCCGGCCAAGAGGAUGAGCUGCAGCUACCUGCUUUGCACCAUCCUGCUCUUUGUGGCUGUACUGCUGGCUGUCACUGUGACCGGCACCAUCCUUUUCAUGAAUCACUACCAGGCACCGCCCUUGUCCGACGGCCUACCCCACAUUUCCACCAAUCAGGAUGAAGCAAAUGCCCUGGUCACUGUCGAGAGGGGCGAUGGCUCUCGCAUCAACAUCUUCAUCGACCCCAACUGUCCUGAUUACAACAGCAACUUCAUGCGGCUAGAGGGUGUGCAGACCUCCCUUCUUCACUCGCUGACGGACCACGACUCUGACCUGAAGUCAGUGAAAGGCCAGGACCGGGCCCUGCUCGUCAGUCUGGCCGAGGAGGUGGCCAAGUUGUCCGCACAUGCCGGGCAACUGAAAAUGGACUAUGAGUCUCUGCGCAGGGGGCAAAGCAGUCUGGGUCAAGACCUGAAUACACUCCAGACAGAACAGGGUCGCCUCAUACAGCUGUUGUCAGACAGCCAGAUCAACAUGGUGAAGGUGGUGAACUCAGUCAGCGAUGCUCUUAAUGCCAUGCAGAAGGAGAACGUGGGUCUGAAGGCUCGAGUCAAGGCCGAUCUACAAAGAGCACCGGCCCGAGGGGCUCGAUUCAAGGGCUGCUCAAAUGGCUCACGCCCUCGGGACUGUGGUGAUCUCUAUGCCAGUGGUCAGAGAGAAGAUGGCAUCUACUCUGUGUUUCCUCUUCACCACCCUACCGGCUUCCAGGUCUAUUGCGACAUGACUACUGAUGGAGGAGGCUGGACAGUGAUCCAGCGCAGGGAGGAUGGCACAGUCAACUUUUUUAGAGGAUGGGAGUCUUACCGGGAAGGAUUUGGCAAAAUCACCGGUGAACACUGGCUAGGGCUGAAGCAGAUCCAUGCCCUGUCCAUUCAGGGCAACUAUGAGCUACGUAUCGACUUGGAGGACUUUGAAAACAGCACAGCAUACGCCCAUUAUGGUACCUUUGGAGUGGGUCUCUUCUCAGUGGACCCUGAUGAUGAUGGAUACCCUUUGACUGUUGGCGACUAUUCCGGCAACGCAGGUGAUUCUCUUCUGAAGCACAAUGGAAUGAAGUUCACCACUAAAGACAAGGACAACGACCACUCGGAGAACAACUGUGCCUCGUUUUACCAUGGCGCGUGGUGGUAUCGGAACUGCCACACAUCCAACCUGAACGGCCAGUACCUGCGCGGCCAGCACACCUCCUACGCCGAUGGCAUCGAGUGGUCCUCCUGGACUGGUUGGCAGUAUUCCCUCAAGUUUUCAGAGAUGAAGAUACGUCCCACCCGCGACCUUGAGAAUAAAUAAAACUCAGAAAGGAGAAAGAAGAGGAAAAAAGAAGACACUUUUGAAGCAUUACAAACCACAAUUUCUGAGCGUUAGAUGGAUUUACUUGUCUCAGUACUUUUAAUUAUUUUCCUUAUAUAAAUAUAUAUUUUUACUUUAGUUGACUCCCCAGUUUGCCUCAUGAUGUCCUCCUCUCUCAUCACUCAGCUAAUAGUCUUGCUAACUGUCCUAAUCCUCCAUGCAAUAUCAUUCUUUAAGGAAUUUUCCAACCGUGAUGCCCCAGUUUUAUAUAUUUUCAUUUACAAAAACAGCAUAUCAGACCCUGGAGUCCACCGUCCACUCCUGCAAAUGUACUCAGUCUGAUGUGGGGGUCCAACCAUCGCCUGCAGUGUGCUGUACCAAUAAUUUUCUCCUGACGUAUGACUCUGACCUCCCAUCUGUGCUGGCAUAGUUCAAAUACGGGCCCAAUCUCAGUGCUCUUCUGUCACUGCUUUUACAGCGAAGAGGGUUCAAUCACACAUAACAGAACAAGGCAAACCCUUCACAAAAUACGAGCCAGAAAUACAACCUUCUGGGUUUCCUGUGUGAGAAGGAAAUGCGUACUGGUGCACAUCAUUUUGUUGGAAUGAAUGAGACCCAGCAGGUUAGUGACAAGAAGUGCGCGUCCUCCGAUAAUGAGAGGGAGACGGCGAAAACGAGGCAACGAGCUGACGAGAGUUAAAUUGGUUGAAGGAAAAGAGGGACAGGGUGCAUCAAAGGGUAGUUGGGGAAGAAGGAGGUGCAAAAACGAAGAGAAAACAAGGAAAAAGAACGAGACAGCGGAGGAUCUCAUUCAUCUGACUUGGGCCAUUAGGGAGCAUAUUGGGCACUUUGUCUGAUCUGCCUGCCAGCUGAGCACUGGCCAACUGAUGCAGCGCUCACAGAUGGAAACCCAGCACUUGGUGUGUGUAGGUGUGAGAGAGCGAGAGCAUGUGUGACAGAAAGACAGACAGACUAAACUCCCCAAGACUAUCAGUUUUCUGGCAUUAUUUUAGAGAAGUGACUAGAUCGAGUAAAAUGUAAAGCACAAACAGAAAGCAACACAUGCAUGGUUGGGAUACCUUUGCUUUGUCCAUGUAAGUCUUGAAAACAUUUGUAAGGCAUGUUAAAUGUGUUCUACGACACAAAGAAAAAGAAAUAUGAAAAUAUUUUCCACUAACACGAGAGUUGCUAAAAUAUAUAUAAAUAUAUAUAUAUUACACCCUGCCUUUUCAAAUUUUCUGAUUCCUCCUUGUUUUGUAAUGUUUCUCCUCUUUUCAGAUGAAGAUUAUGGAGUAUUUUUGUGCGGGACAUGCUUUCUGCUGAACGUUGUAAAACUAGAUUUGACACUCUUCACCACUUUUUUUUCCAUUCGGAGCAGAAAUUCUGCAAACAGUCACGGAGGAAGUCAAAUCUGCCUAAAGCAAAUAAGAAGAAAAGCAGUGAGGAAACAAUAAAAAAAUCACAAGAAAAACAGAGGCAAUAUAGAUGGAAAAUGUUGCAGUUGUAACAAUCUUUUUUUUUUCUUUUUACUCAGUUAAUCAGCAUUAUUUGGAUGAUGUAAGAAAAGCUUUAAAAUAUCUGUAGAUUUUCCUGUACAGUGUGUAUGGCUUUCAGAGCAUGUGAUUUGUUUCUUACUAUGCUAAAACACAAAGAGAGCUUAAGCACAUGGACUGAACAAAAAUACACCAGUUUAAAGUCAAAAGAUGAACUUGUCCUUCUUUUCUACAUGAUAUGCAGUAGGGAGUGGCUCUCGCUGCUCUGAAGGUGGAAUAAUGAACUAAAACAGGACUGUGAUGAUCCCUCAAGCACACUCUGGUUCAUAUCUGCAGCACAGACAUAAAUCUUUUAUUUGAAAGAACAAAGUGAGACACAUUUUUUUAAAGAACAUUAGCUGCCUUGCAGGAUGUAUCUGACCUUUUCCGGUAAAAAAAAAAAAAAAUAAAGUCACAUGACACUGGAGAGGGGUGCAUCAAAUAUAAGGCUGAAGGCUGCCGCCGCUGCUGACAGUGAGUUCAUGUGUAACACCAAACAACGUUGCACUGAAUACCUCUGAUUUUGGAACAGCUGGGAGUGUUCUCUGUCAGCGCCGGUGAUUCUCGGAAGGAUCCCCCCCCCACCACACGCACACACCCUCCACACCACCCCACCCACUGUGGGCUUCUACGGCACCUCGGCUGUGUACAGUUCAAACAGCCACCUCCUCUCAUUAAAGCACAGACACUAGUAUACAAAAAAAAAAAAAAAAAAAAAAAAAAACGUUAUUAUGGCACAGAGUGUCAAGUUCGAUUUUAAUUGUGAGAAGGCACAAAGAAAAAGAGCUGGAAAUGGGGUGUGAAUGUAUACAUGUGUGAGUAUGUGUGUGUGUACAUAAUGUGCAUAUAGGCACGUGCUUUGCCUGUGUGUGCAUGAGCCAGACAAGAGAGCAGGAGACCGAGUGCGCCUCGACGUGGAAUUUUACAAUUAAUGUGAUGCUUAUGUACAACUAGCCUCCCCUGCUGUUUGUGUUGAUAACAGAGAGAUUUACAUUAUUCUAAUGAGCUAUUAGUUAUUGUGAUUGUGAACUCAUUAGAGUGGACACCACCUUCUGGUUACUGUGUUGAACUGCGCCUGUACCCUUAAAACCCUGCAGCCCCAAACUGUUCAUCCACCUCCUCAUAUUGUUGUGCACUCUGUAUAUGUUACUGCUGUGUUCCUCUUCGUUAUUUAAGUGUGUAUUAUUUUUCCACGCCCUCUCACCUCGAUUUGUUUCUAUUGCGUUAAUGCCUUGAUUUCUCUCUCUCUUUCUCUCUCUCAUUCCUCACUUUUUUUUCUCCCUGCUGAAGUUUGCCAAGUCUCAAAUGGAAGAGAAGAUAAAAGAGUGAAAUCAGAAGCUCUAAUCAAUCUGAGUUAUCCCGCUCAUUACAAAGCAUCAGCGCCCUCCUUAUCGAUCCCCCAGGUCCCCAAACCUUCUAUAUUUCUUAGAGUGUACCUUCUUAAUUGCCUUAGCCUCUGAUGCCAACCCUUGCUCCCUUUUCCAUCUCCUAAAUUUCCCUCUCUUUGUUUACUUUCAUCCUCCUUUUCCGCGCCCCGCUAACUUUUUUUUCCCAGCGCAGAACUAACUCUGUUUUCUCUUUCUAUUUUUCUUUUUUUUUUUUUUUUGGUGAAGUACUAUAGAUUGUUUUGCUGAAUCUUGAUACUGUGUUUUACUGUUCUUGUCAACAUUUAAUAAACAUUCACAUU